AUGCCGGUAUUACUGGAUCUGAGCAGCAGCAAUGGAACGAUGGCGUGGGUACACGUCUCCGGCAAUCCCAAGGCAUCGCCACCGCCUGACGCUGUGCGGAAACAAGUCCGGUCGAAUGCUAUGCGGCACACUCGUGGAUGUCAGCGACGACGAGCUACUGAGGCUAGGAAGAGCAAGAAGGCUGUGAAGAACGUCAGAGCGAUCUCAGUGCCAAUUUCAAACGACGAUGAAAAUACCGAAUCAUCUCCUGGGUCUCGCUCAUCGGCCUGGUCGAGCGACGGGGAAGGCAUCGACCUUAGGGGGCAUAAGACUAUGGCUCUCGUCCAUCGUACCUGUCUGGAUUCUCUGGUUGAGCCGUUUGGUGUGCUGCCUAUUCCAUCGUCAGACCGGAUGUUGACGUUACUUCACUACAACUACACACGACCCAUACGAACGUCGGUACAUGAAGAUCCUUCUGGCAAAUACCCCUCUUGCUGUUUCAACUUCGCCGCCUGGCUCUAUGCCACGCUCUCGCACUGCGCCCAGCGAUUGGAUGCGGACUAUCGUUCGGAUCCGAUGCACGACAGUCCAGAGAAGUUGGCGCUGAUAACCAAAGCCAUUGGCGCCGUCAACGAGCAGCUGGAUCGGCUGAUCGUCGUCGACCAUGCCUUGAUCGCUGCUGUGGCUUGCAUUGCGAAUAUCCAGAGUUUGAGUGGUCGCUUAGGAGAAGCGGCUCUGCAUGUACGCGGCUUGUACAAGAUUCUCAUGCUUGUCGGUGGUCUUUCCGCAUUGGAUGACAAUCCUGCGCUGCGACGACUGGUCCAAUGGUCUGAUGUGCUGUACUCUUCCCGAGCUCUGACCCAGCCGAUGCUCCCGUUUUACGUGCCUAUAUUACCGCCAUUGCAGGAUAUGGAUACACCAUUCCUGCCUUACAGUGUGACAGACGAAUGCCAAGACAAACUCGCCAUGAGGUUGGUCGACACCAACGAGAAGGCAGUGGAGCUUGAAACUCUAUUGAGUCGACUAAAUGAGCUCUCCAUCUACCUCAACCACUCCGGUCGUGAUAGAAUGCUCCCUUUCGAAGUCGCCUAUCCGGAUCGUGUGUACGUCCUCGAACGAGCUGUCGUUGAGAUGCUUCUGCGCUACAGUGCACCAGCAGUCGACCUUGAUGGACGAAGUGCAGACACGAACCGAAUCCUGCUCAUGCUUCUCCACGCCUGCCUAUUGUUCAUCUAUACCAAUCUUCGACAGACUCCAAUCGGUAGCGGCAUACGUCAGGAUCUUGUUGAUCGACUAUCUUCCGCCAUAGAUGAUGCCGAUGACUCCUUACUCCAAAGGGAGUUUGUCCCAUUACAUUGCUGGGCUCUUUUGCUUUGCCUCGGCGCGGUCGGUCGAACACAACAAGGGCAUGGAACGGCACGACAACUCCGCGAUGUCUGCUGGCAGCAGUCGUUGAGCUCAUUCAAUGCCGUCAAAGACUUCUGCCGAGGACUUCCAACUUUGGAGGAGGGUGCAGCCAUCAAGUGCGAGGAAGUGUGGCUUACCUUUAUCCGGCCUACGCUAUUGGAAGAUUGA